UUUUGUUUCUCGAUAUUGAUUUAAAAUAAGCAUAUGCGUUAUUUUUUCUUGUUCCUUUAACUUAUUUUGAACCAGUUUGUUAUUACAAUUUGCAUUGAAAACUGAACAAUUAAUUGACAGUCUUGGUAAUGCGUUUUGACACUUUGGAGGGGCGGGUGGGUGUGGGGCACUGUCUUUUUAAAUGGUGAUUUACUUAAUCGGGGAAAAAAGGAAAGCAGGUAUGGUGAGAACGUGCUAAGCUCCCAGAGUAACGUGAUUAAACAAGAGCUUUAACGCAUUUCAUUAAGUCCGCUGGUGGCAUAAAUUACUGACUGUGGCCAUACAACUUUUUCCCCUUGCUUUUACCACAGGGUAUGAUGGAUCUGGACAUAAGUGUGUUGAGCUAAGGAUUCACUGAUUUUUAAAUAAUAAUAAAGCUAAUUAGAAGGGGAAACAAAACAAACCAGCGGAGAGUUAGAUACACACGGGAACAACGAAUGUCCUCUCAUCUUCAGUCGGGGGAAUUCAUCGACAUUUUAAUGCCAGAAAUCCCACCUUCAGGAUGUCAUUGAAUAGUUCCACAGGUGGAAAAAGUGUGGAUUCAAACGCAGUCGAUACUUAUGACAGUGGUGAUGAUUGGGAAAUUGGAGUUGGCAAUUUGAUCAUUGACUUGGACGCUGAUUUGGAGAAGGACAGACAAAAAUUGGAGAUGAAUAAUUCCACUAAUAGCACGAGUAGCUCCAAGGAUUGCGGGGUUCUGGCAUCUAGUGGUGCGAAUGGAACAUCAGCCUUAUCGGAUGGCUUAAAAUUUGCAUCUGCUCAGCCCUCUGCUCCUCAGGGAAAUUCCACUAAGGAGACUGGCAAAUCUAAAGUGAAAAGGAGCAAAACUUCCAAGGAUGCUAAUAAAUCUCUUCCCUCCCUGUAUGGGAUUCCUCAGAUCGGCGGUGUGGGCAAGAGGCAGGAAGUUCAAGGGCGCCCUGGAGAGGCAUCUGGCAUGAAUUCAACUCAGAGCCAGGCUGUUAGUAACCCAAACACCGUCGUUCAAUGCACGAAAGGCAAAGAGGAGAAAAACGGCAAAACCCAGAGCCGUGGUGGCAAACGAGACAAGGAUGCAGCUAGCAAGGCAAGGAAAGAUAAGCACGACUCUGGGCACGCGGCCGCCAGCGCCGCAUCUGGCCACCUGUAUGGAUUUGGGGCUAAAGGCAGCCCGUACCAUUGUGGGAACAGUAUGGUGGGCGACUUGAGUAAAAACGCUCUGGAUUCUGGAAUCUCGAGUAACUCUCUUUUAGUAAAGAAGGACGACGACGACGAGGAGGAAGAAGAGGAAAAUCACAGACCAAUUAAGAAGCUGAAAUCGGAAAAGGUGGAUCCCUUAUUUACUGUGCCUGCUCCCCCACCACCAAUCUCCAGCAGCUUACCACCCCAAAUCCUGCCUUCUUACUUUCUUCCAUCGUCAACAAAUAUUUCUGCCCCAACUGAGCAACUAUUAGUAAGGACUCGAUCAAUGGGAGUUAAUACUUGUGAAGUUGGAGUUGUAACUGAGCCAGAAUGCCUUGGACCCUGUGAGCCGGGGACUAGUGUAAAUCUAGAGGGAAUUGUAUGGCAUGAGACAGAAGAAGGUGUCCUUGUGGUGAAUGUAACUUGGAGAAACAAGACUUAUGUGGGGACGCUGCUGGAUUGCACAAAGCAUGACUGGGCCCCUCCCAGGUUCUGUGAAUCUCCAACAAGUGACCUUGAAAUGCGAGGAGGACGUGGAAGAGGAAAGCGAGCUCGUACGGUAGCUGCCAAUCCACCUGGAAUGGAUCCUAGUUUUACGGAAGCUAGGGGGCUUCAGAAUAAGAACCGGGGUGGUGGUAACAAUGGCAAAGGAAGGCGUGGGAGUUUGAACUCUGGUAGUGGGAGGAGAACUCCCCCAAACUGCACACUGGAAGAAAUCAAGAUCACUCCAGCUAGCAGUAGCAAGAGAAAAAACAAGCCACCCAUGGAAUUGGACCUCAAUUCCAGUUCUGAAGAUACAAAGUCAGGGAAACGGGUUAGAACAAACUCUAGGAGUACUCCGACUACUCCUCAAGGAAAGUCUGAAGUUUCCUUUUUGGAUCAAGGCUGCUCCUCCCCAGUACUUAUAGACUGCCCACACCCAAACUGCAACAAAAAAUACAAGCACAUUAAUGGACUAAGAUAUCAUCAGGCCCAUGCACACUUGGAUCCUGAAAAUAAAUUGGAAUUUGAACAAGAGUGUGAUGAUAAAAUGUCGGACUCUGAGGAAACUCUAGGCAGUGUUGUCCUAGAAUGCACAGAGACUAGCUUUGGUUCUGUGAAAGGGCCUAAUUCUCCUGGCAGCUUAAGUGUGACUGGAACACCUAAAGGCAAAAGGGAUUUGGUCAACAGUGUUCAUAGUCCUGUAAUUAAUUCUAAGAAUGCUAAAAAUGCUGGCAAGAAAAAAGGACUUGCAAAUGAUUUGAACAAUUUGCCUGUCAUCUCUAACAUGGCAGCAGCUUUGGAAAACUGUGCUGUGACUGAUGUCAAUGCUGCAGCAGAAAUGCCCAAGCUGGAGGCUGAAGGCAUGAUUGAUAAAAAAGGUGUGAGUGACAAGGACAAAAGCAAGAAAGCAAACAGUGGGAAAGUUGACAAAUCAUUAUCAAAGCCUAAGACUACUAGGCCUAUCGCCCCAGCACCUCCUCCUCCUCAGCUGAUAGCCAUACCUACUGCUACAUUCACAGCCACUACCACUGGUACAAUCCCAGGCUUGCCAUCGCUGACAACCACUGUUGUCCAGGCAACACCAAAGAGCCCACCUUUAAAGCCCAUUCAGCCAAAGCCUACAAUUAUGGGAGAGCCUAGCACUGUAAACCCAGCUUUGGUAUCCCUCAAAGAUAAAAAGAAAAAAGAAAAAAGACGGUUAAAAGAUAAAGAAGGAAAGGAGACUGGGAGUCCUAAGUUGGAUGCAAAGCUGACAAAGAUGGAAGACCCAAAGAUUACUGGGAAAGAUCUACCAGGACAUUUUUUAAAGGAACAUUUAAACAGAAGUGAUGUACUUGCAAAUGGAUUAUCAGAGUCUCAGGAGAGCAGGAUGGCCAGCAUUAAAGCAGAAGCUGAUAAGGUGUAUACCUUCACAGACAAUGCACCCAGCCCUUCUAUAGGGAGCUCUUCUAGGCUUGAGUGUAGUGGGCUUGUAAAUGGACAAUCCUCCAUGGGCCCACUGCAUGUUUUAACACAGAAUGGUGGUGAUGGGACCACUACUAAAACAAACAGUCCAGCCUAUUCUGAUAUCUCAGAUGCUGCUGAUGAUGGUGGUUCAGACAGUCGCUCAGAGGGAAUGAGGUCAAAGACAAGUUCCCCAUCAGAACUAGCCUCCAACAAAGAGAGUGUUGUCAAGAGCCUACCGUCAACACCAGUGCAAGCUUCCUCUGGUAAAGAGUCACAGUCUCCUUAUUACCAUGGAUAUGACCCCUAUUAUUCUCCCAGUUAUGUGCACUCCGGACAGCCUAACACUGCUUCUGUUGGAAAUGGUGGUACACCUCAAAGUAAUAAAUCUAAGAAGGAGGGUACAGAAGAAGAGAAUGAAAAGAAGGAAAAAACGGAGGUAUUGACAUUGGACUCUAAAAAGAGUGAAAUGAUUAAUUCAAAUUUGCAGGCUCAGCACCAGUCAGUGAUAACCCAGAGACAUCCUGCAUUAGCCCAGUCACUUUACUAUGGACCAUACACUUAUGGACUUUAUAUGGACCAAAAGUCAUUAAUGGCAACAAAUACAGCAUAUCGACAACAGUAUGAGAAAUACUAUGAGGAUCAGCGACUGGCAGAGCAAAAAAUGUCUCAAAACAACAGAGAAGGUGAACGAAAAGCUGAGAUCCAGCAAAAAGAGUCUAGCAAAGAAGACAUUAAACAAAAGACUGUUCCUUCUGCCACAAUAUCAAAAGCGCCAGUCACUCCUGAUUCAAACAAAAACUGCAACAGCAAAACUGGAUCUGGGCAAUCAAAGAUAGAUGAUGGGAGCAAAGCACAGAUGCUGGCAAACCAGCAGCAGCUGCAGUCAGAGAAUUUUAAAGCCAAGCAAAUGGAAAAUCAUCAACUCAUUAAAGAAGCUGUGGAAAUGAAAUCCGUGAUGGAUUCAAUGAAGCAAACUGGUGUAGAUCCUACUCUGAGGUUCAAACAGGAUCCAGAAUCCAGAUCUUGGCAUCAUUAUGUUUACCAGCCAAAGUAUAUGGAGCCUCAGAAGCCUGAAGAUCUUGAUAAGAGGCCGAAAGAUGACUGCACCAGUAAGACAAUGGGAAAGGAAAGCCUCAAUCUCCCAGUCUCUCUGAACACCGCAAAGGAGGAAACAAAAGACAUCAAAAGACAAGACUCUCAAUCUGUACCUUUGGAAGACACAAAGAAAUCGGAAGAUCGCAGAACACCAGUUGGUGGGAAAGAUUCUCGAGGUGCUCGAGUUGCUGUCUCUUCACCUAUGAGCCAACAUCAAUCAUAUAUUCAGUACCAGCAUCCUUAUCCUUAUUUGCAAAUGUAUGAUCCCAAUCAUCCAGCCUACAGAGCUGUCUCUCCCGUCCUAAUGCACAGUUACCCAGGUUUCCAUUAUCCAAUAUAUGGGAAGAUGGCUGGAAGAGAAGACGUUGAGAAAGCAAACACAAGCCCCAGCAUAAGCACUAAACCAGCUUCUGAAUCAAAAGCUUUAGAUUUGCUCCAGCAACAUGCCAAUCAGUACCGCAGUAAAUCUCCAAUGCCUGCAGAGAAAGGCCCUUCUGAACGGGAGAGAGAAACUGAACGGGAGAGAGAACGCCAUUCACCCUUUGCACGGCACCUACAUACACAUCACCACACGCAUCUUGGAAUGGGGUAUCCACUUAUACCAGGCCAAUAUGAUCCUUAUCCAGGUUUGACCUCUGCUGCCCUUGUUGCCAGUCAGCAGGUGGCUGCUCAGGCUACAGCAUCUGGUAUAUUUCCUGCACAAAGGAGGGAAUGAAAAGAGGGGGAAAAAUGUACAUAGCAAGCAUGUGACUGGAUCACAUGGGAAGAAAUGCUUUAUAACAGACAUCAGUUCCAUGGUGUUGAUAUUGAUUGCCUUAAUGGCAGGCAAAAAACGUCAUUUCAUUUUUUUUAAUUGAAAAUUUUAUACAGAGUUACCAAUGUUGCUGUAAUUACACUUUUGUUGAAAUAUAUAUUCUUAACCUUUUAUUUUGUAACAGUAACCAGGCGCACACAUGCAGGGUCAGCUGCUAGUGGCAAGCAUUAGUAGAAAAAUGUGUUUGUCACAUUUAAAAAAAAAAUAAAGUGUUAGAAUAAAAGAAAUGGCCACUAUAUUUGUAUAGAAAUAUAUUGUUCUGUAUCAGUGUGCCUGAUUGUAUGUAUAUUGUAAUUUUCUCUACUUGCCCUUGGAGAGGCUAGCUAUACAAGUGACACUUUGGUACAAUACAUAUGUGUACUAUUUACUAAACUCCUUGGCUUUGUAUUAUUUAAAU